UCGCUCUCUCUCGCUCUCGCUCUCUCUCUGGUGCUUUACGUCCUCUGACUGAAGAGGCGUAGCUCGCUGCUUUCUGCUCAUUGUGCGACUUCGGCGAGAGAAAUUUCCGCUUCCUACACCGAUAAACACGACCGAGCAGCACACAUCGAGCAGACACGCAGCUGAGGCGCGGGGGGUAGCGGGAGGACACAAACACGGACGCGGGGAUUUGGCGCCUGCUUUCGGGUACAAACCCCGACGACUGCCAUGGUUUCACUAUCGGGCGGCGAAUAGCACAAAGGAGUUCAACUUUGCGUUUUGUGCUGAACACGGGAGCGUUUUACGCAUUUGCACCACCAGGAGCCUGAAAAAUAAGCCAAAGGAAGGAGGAGGAGGCACCAAAAAAGGACAACACACACACACACGGAGAAGAAGCCAGGCUACUACGGGUAUUCCUCCUCUCGGCUCCGUCUGAAAGCCCGCUUCCAGCCUCCAGGAUGUCGGAGCGAGGAGGGCUCCCGCGGACUGGGGGCGUCCCCUCGCCGCACAUGCAGCCCUCCAAGCCGGUCAGCAUCACCUCCAACCGGCCGGUCCACAUGAACCUGUACGCUACCUGGGAGGUGGACCGCUCCUCACCUAGCUGUGUGCCGAGGCUCUUCAACUUGACUCUGAAGAAGCUGGUCAUGCUGAAGGAGCUGGAUAAAGACCUCACCUCUGUGGUCAUCGCCGUCAAACUGCAGGGCUCCAAGCGGAUCCUGCGCUCCAAUGAGAUCCUGCUGUCUUCAGCGGGGCCGACAGAGACCGACCUACAGCUCACCUUCUCCCUGCAGUACCCACACUUCCUGAAGAGGGACGCCAACAAGCUUCAGAUAAUGCUACAGCGACGGAAGCGAUACAAGAACCGGACCAUCCUGGGCUACAAGACCCUGGCCUUGGGACUCAUCAACAUGGCUGAGGUGAUGCAGCACCCCAGUGAGGGGGCCCAGGUCCUGGGGCUCCACAGCCAGCUGAAGGACGCCUCGGUGCCCGUCGCUGAGAUGCGAGUCUACUCACUGUCCAGCCAGCCAAUCGACCAUGAGGGACCUAAAGCAAAGAUGUCUGAUCGCUCUCCAGACAUCGACAACUACUCCGAAGAGGAGGAAGAGAGCUACUCAUCAGAACAGGAGGGCAGCGACGACCCUGUUCAUGGACAGUAUCUAUACGACGAAGAAGAGGAGGUGAGGAAGAAGAAGCCGAGGCGCAAGCUCCCUUCCAAUGCCGCCAUCACCAGACAACCCAACAUCAAGCAGAAGUUUGUGGCCUUGCUGAAAAGGUUUAAAGUCACGGAUGAGGUCGGUUUUGGCCUGGAGCAUGUGUCGAGGGAGCAGAUCCAGGAGGUGGAGGAGGACCUGGACGAGCUCUACGACAGUCUAGAGAUGUACAACCCCAGCGACAGCGGGCCAGAGAUGGAGGAGACCGACAGCAUCCUCAGCACACCCAAGCCUAAGCUAAGGCCGUUCUUUGAGGGGAUGUCCCAGUCCAGCUCGCAGACGGAGAUUGGCAGUCUGAACAGCAAAGGCAGCCUGGGCAGAGACUCUUUCAGCCUGCAGGGGGAGCAGCUUCCUCUAGAGAAGAUGAAACCCUCCCGCAGCCGCAACCUGGAGGAAGCCCUGUCUGAGACCGACACACUGGAGCUAACAGAUCAGGAGCUGUUUGCCGAAGUGGGCCCCUGCAUCAUGGUGUCAGUGGCAGAGAAACCCCGUACACCCAUGAAGAGCAGCAAAAAUGAAACCCAGGCCAUGCCAUCGCCAAGGUUGGACGGAGGCCACACCCCCAGACAGAAGCGCAUCAGCACCCCCAUGAAGGAGAGACAGCUGUCCAAACCUCUGAGUGAACGGACCAACAGCUCGGACUCGGAGAGAUCCCCAGAGCUGGGACACAGCACACCUCUCCUGAGGAAGGUGGUGUACGACCAGCUGAACCAGAUUCUGUUGUCGGACUCUGCGCUCCCCGAAAGUCUGAUCUUGGUCAACUGCACUGACUGGCAGGGGCAGUAUGUUGCAGAGCAGCUCCAGGUACAGAGACACCCUGUGGUUUGCACGUGUUCUGCAGCUGAAAUCCAGGCAGUGCUGUCGGCUGUGCUCACUCGCAUCCAGAAAUUCUGUAACUGUAACUCGUCCAUGCCCAGGGCGGUGAAGGUGGCGGCAGUGGGCAGCCAGAGCUACCUGGGAGCUAUCCUGCAGUUCUUUGUCACUCAGCUCGCCAACAAGACGUCCGACUGGCUCAACCACAUGCGCUUCCUGGUUGUGCCUCUGGGCUCCCAUCCGGUUGCCAAACACCUUGGCGCCCUCGACAAUCGUUACAGCUCGUCCUUCCUGGACGGGCCGUGGAGAGACGUGUUCAGCCGCUCUGAGCCGCCACAGACAGAUCAGCUGGAUGUGGCGGGAAGAAUCGCCCAAUACAUCAGCGGAGCCACAGUCACACACCAGCUGCCCAUCGCUGAGGCCAUGCUCACCUGCAAACACAGGACGCGAGAUGAAGACUCCUACCAGAAGUUUAUUCCUUUCAUAGGGGUAGUGAAGGUUGGUCUCAUCGAGUCUGGUCCUUCUCCAACAGGAGAUACAGAAGAGGGUGUGGCGGUAAGCUUGGCCGUCCCCUCCACGUCUCCCCCCUCCCACAGCUCACCCACAGGGAUGAUUAAAGAGGCAGCCACGCCCCCCUCCUCCCCCUCCAUGGGCAGCGUCCUGUCAGUACAAGGGAGUCCCAGUAUGUCUCACGGCGUGGAUGCCAUCGGCCUGCAGGUGGACUACUGGCUUGCCUCUUUGGCCGAGAAGCGGCGGGAGGGCGAGCGGCGUGACACUAGCUGCAAGAACACGCUGAAAAGCGCCUUCCGCUCACUGCAGGUCAGCAGGCUACCAGGUGGGGGCAGCAACGAUCCACAGGCCCAGGUCAGCACCAUGGCCAUGACCGUGGUCACCAAGGAGAAGAACAAGAAAGUUCCCACCAUCUUUCUGGGAAAGAAGCCAAAGGAGAAGGAUGUAGACUCAAAGAGCCAGGUCAUUGAAGGCAUCAGCCGACUCAUCUGCUCCGCCAAGCAGCAGCAGACCAUCCUGAAAGUGACCAUAGACGGCGUGGAGUGGAACGAUGUUAAGUUCUUCCAGCUGGCCGCCCAGUGGCCCACUCACGUCAAAUACCUACCUGUCGGACUUUUCGGCUACAGCAAGCCCCUCUCCUAGGGGUGAGCACCCGCCAGCUUCUCUGACCCUGACUUGACCUUCGACUUCCCUCAAUCUCAUCACAACUUUGCGCAAAGACCCCACCUCUGAGCACCUGCAGAGCUGAUGGAAGACGUCAUGCGGCUGGACUAUUUUUAUUUUUAUUUUUUUUAUUUUGGCAGUUGUCUACAGUUGUCUUAUUUUUUUGGGGGGGGAGAAGGAAGGUGUUGGGGUCCAGCGCUGUUACUAGUCACUUUAAUGCCCCUUUUGGUGUGUGUGUUUGUGUGUGUGGCAAGUGUGCAUGCACACGUGAAUGUACAGUGUGUCUGUGUGUGUGUUUGUGUGUGUGUUUUUACAAGGGGCUUACAGCACAAGUUUAUUAGCUAACUGCCAUUUACGUUUCCGUUUUAUGGAAUGCAAUAGCAUGCGACAACUCACCGAUUUCAAGCCCUUAAAGUUUGACCCUCAACUUCUGACCCCUUCAAGGUCCUUCUCACCUCAAGACCUGACCCACACGUGCAUGCUCCAAACUAACAGAUUCACCACUCAUGUGCCAGAAACAGUAACUCAAAGUAAAAACGCAACGGGUCUUCAGUGUUUGCAUGAGCCAGUGAAAACUCACAAAAUGCAGUCAAAUAAAAGACCUGCCUGUGAUUUCUCCUCCAAUACGUCCACAGAACAGACGCCCUUUGAAACAGGCCCAUUCUUUUUUUAGAAUUUUUUUCAAGGGCUUCCAUAUAAUUUAAAAUACUUUUUCUUUACCAGAAUAAGUCGUUUGGAUGUCUAAUGCCAAAUGUUUAUUUUCAAAAAAAGAAUAAAAAUAAAGGGGAAGUGUCUUUUUUUUUUUUCAAGUGUGCUCUAGUGAAAAUAGUAAAAAACAAAAAAAACUUCCCUUUAAAGCUGUUUUGUGGUGCAUAGUAUACAUUUUUGUGAAGAGUUCCAGGAUUUCAGGGCAGGGGCUACUGUAACGUGCAGUUUUCUUUAUCUUCUUAUUUGCUAUGCACUAUUUACUGAAUACACAUCCUCUUCACAACAGACCCUACCAAAUGUGCAACAGGAAACCAGAAAAUGCGUCUAAAACUCAGCAGCUUUGAUGGGAUUAUGGAAUGGGGGGGGUUCGGCAUGCACUCUGCCUAUCUAAACUGCAAAAAUGGGAGUUAAUCACCUGCACUAAAGCACAAUGUUGUACGCCAGUUGUCCCCAAAUAUCCUUUAUGUAUUGGAAACGGUCUGGCAGCUGGCAGUGAAAACAGCGGACCUGGUAAAAAUCUAAUUUCUCUUCUACUUUAUC